AUGCAGCAUGAGGCAAACACCAACUUUGUGCUCACGCUCCAUCUCGUGCUUCAGCUUGGGCGAGACGGCCAGUACUCUGCUGAGGUUGGAGAGCAGCACGCCACUUUGACACAAGGAGGCAUCCUGGUCUUCGACCCCACCUUUGUCCAUACGGUGCAGAACUCCUCCGAGGCAGAGAUGUACCUUUUCUACUGUCACUUCUAUCAUCCGCAGAUUACGGAGGUAGAACGCUAUGCUUUGCUGUUCCUGACGCAGCUGAUGGAGCGACUCCAGACAACCGGCCUCGUCAAGUCUUCAUCGCUUGCGCCGGCUCCGGCGGUGGAUGCCAGCUUGCGGCAGAAGGGGGUUGCAAGAAAGCAGUCUUUUGCUUUGAAGCAGGUGUUUUCGUUAGAGCAUGACAUGCAGCAGUCACCAGCAGAGAACUGGCAGCUAAAGGAACGAUGGUGCCGGCUGCACACAAGGAAGACCGACAUACAGCUGCAAGCGUGGCUUGCGAGGCACCCUGGACCAAGACUUUUGCUUCGAGACCCACAGUUCUAUGAAUCAAGUAUCACAAAUGUGCCAAUUCAAUAUGACUCUGCUGUAAGUUAUGACAGCCCUCUCUUCCACACCUACAGCACGGUACAUCGGUCUUGCAGUGGUACCACUGGGGCAGUGGGUUCCCGGCCGCCAAGCUGUCCAGGUCUACAGGGCAUUGAAGUUCGCAGCCUGAUGUGCCUGCUAAGUGAGGAUGUAGCCGGAGUGCGCGCGAACAGAAGCUUCAUGCGUGGUUUCACCGGAGGGUGUCUUAGAUGUGAACUUGGACCCCUGAUGGAUACCGCAGUUUUUGGGGUGUUGGCAGUACGGGAGGAGUUGAGCUUUCUGGGCUGCGGGUGGGAGCGUGGAAUGCGCCGAUGCGCGAUGGGGAAAAGGAGCCUUCAGUGUGGAUGUGGCGCGGUUGGGGUAGUCGUCAAAACGGGUCAAGUCGCUCCAUAA